UAGCGACCCCUUGGGGUUGUGAAGUGACUUUAUUGAGGUUUGCAGACGGUUCUGUGAACACUGAGCCUGGCACGGAGUGAAUGCAAAAGUUACUCGGUGUUGUUACCAAAGGUGGCAUGGGUCGUGCGACUGGGCCGGAAUCCGCCAACUUUGAUUGCUUCUCUCCCUGGCUUCAGAGAAGUGGAGAAGAGCGACUGCUUGAGAAAGAAGAGGAAGAAGAAGAUGAAGACGACGAAGAUGAUGAAGAUGAUGUGUCUGAGGGCUCAGAAGUGCCCGAGAACGACCGUCCUGCAGGUGCCCAGCACCUCCAGCUUAAUGGCGAACGUGGCCCUCCGAGCGCUAAGGAAAGGGUCAAGGAGUGGACGCCUUGUGGACCCCUCCCGGGGCAGGACGAAGGGCGGGGACUGGCACCAGGCGGUGGUACCCGCCAGGUAUUCUCCAUGGCAGCCAUGAGUAAGGAAGGAGGAUCGGCCUCUGUUGCCACCGGGCCAGAUUCCCCAUCCCCUGUGCCUUUGCCUCCAGGAAAGCCAGCCCUCCCUGGGGCGGAUGGGACCCCCUUUGGCUGUCCUCCCAGCCGCAAGGAGAAGCCGGCAGACCCCGUGGAGUGGACGGUGAUGGACGUGGUAGAAUACUUCACUGAGGCUGGCUUCCCCGAGCAGGCCACUGCCUUCCAGGAGCAGGAGAUCGACGGCAAGUCCUUGCUGCUCAUGCAGCGCACAGAUGUGCUAACCGGCCUUUCCAUCCGCCUGGGCCCAGCCCUCAAAAUCUACGAGCACCACAUCAAGGUGCUUCAGCAAGGCCAUUUCGAAGAUGAUGACCCUGAUGGCUUUCUAGGCUGAGUGCCAGGCAUUGCCCUCCCGGGGCCCAUUCCAGUGCCCAUCUCACCCAAGCCCCCAGAGUCCAGGAGCUGUCUAGGGCACCUGGGGCCCUGGUGACAGAUCUGGUGAGGGGUGCCUCUCCAUUCAUCUCCCUUUGUCUCUCACACACACCUGCUUCCUGCAUAUCUGCUCCCUAGCAGUGGAGUAUAAGGUGGGACUCCAGGAGGCCAAUCCCCUCCCCACCCAAGGACAUUUUUGGGAAAACAAACAAACAAACAAACUGGGCUUCCCCCAAAAUCAUUUUCAGUUCGGCCAGAUGUUUCCUAUAUAAAUGUUUUGUUCUGCUCGUUCAUUUUGGUGGGUGGUCUCCUCCCUCCCCCACCACCCAUGCCCCCUUCCCAGCCUGCUGCCCCUGGCCUCCUGCCACAGGAAGAUUGGAGGACAGCUGGGUGGGGUCCCUGGGCCUUGUCUCCCCUCCCUUUCUUUUCUGUCAGUCAUUGCUCCAGCUGGCUGUAUUGCUUUUUAAUAUUGCACCGAAGGUUUUUU